AUGAUGGCGGUGACGCGAACCGCUCUCAUCACAGCAUUGACCCUCAUCGCUCUUCUGAAUAAAAGCUUCUCGGCCGCUGAGGAGCUACCAAGCUGGUUCAACGGAUACUAUAUAUUUCCAGCGGACGGAACUACUUCAGUCGAAUCGAUAACAUGCCGCGAUAGUAACACGGCAUGGGUAACGUCCGGAACUUAUGCCAACUGCUGCGCGAACACGUUGACCACACGAUGCCCGAUGCCUACGAAAUGUGAAGAUGCAUCGGUUACAUAUGACAAUGGUGGCGGAUAUGCCUGUCCUCCUCGGCAAUCAUGCGCAACGAUGACAAUAUAUGAAACCUCUCCCGGCGGCUCACCAUCUGCGACGAACAUUUUCUGUUGGGAAAAUUGGAGCGCGUAUACAGUCUACCGCAAGCUCCCCCCCGAGGUUUCGGAAACUUCCAAACCUCGAACUCAAGAUUCAACCCAGCCAACCCAAUCAAGCCAACGAACUAAACCAAACCAACCGAACCAACCAAACCAACCGACAGCCAACCCACAAGAUUCAGCCUCGCUACCACCCCCCACUUCUCUUCCUAAUUCUCCUCCAGAAAAGUCCGAAUCCAACGCAGGCGUGAUAGCUGGCGCCACCAUCGGUGGCAUCGCGGGCGUCAGCAUCCUCGCUCUAGCCUUCUUCUUUUACCGCCGGAAACAAAAGAAGGGCGAUAGGAUUCCCGCGGACGCGGCUGAAUUAGACAACUCUCAUGCGCGAGCCGAACUGCAGAGCCUCCAUCGAGGCGUUGCGGGCGGCAAACCGAAAGGGCAGGGAUAUUAUGGAUACGCGGCUGGUGGUGCCAUGGACGAUGGAGCGAACUCCGACCCUAGCCAGAAUUACGUCCAUGAAUUGCCGGUCGUGAUGAAAGAUUCUAGUGGCUAUGGUGGUUCUGGUGGCUCUCCGGUUAAAUCGAAUGCGAGGAGGAGGGACAAUUUCACCUAUGAGAUGCCUACGGGCCCCGAUUGA